CUAAUCUGCUACUCUCCCUCUCUCAACCACCUAUCUCAGAUUUCCUCUUCCUCUUCCUCUUCCUCUUGCGUUUCAAACUACCAAAAUCCAAUGUCGGGUUCCUUUCGAAACUCUUCUCAGCCUUCAAAAAGGCAACAAGCGCAUAAGCAGGAAAGAGAAUGGUUUGCAGUGAGUUUCAAGCCAGAGAACUUCAUUCCAGGCCUUGUUAUUGGUUUCAUUUUUGGGAUGUUGUUGGAUUUGUCAAAACCCACCAAAAGCACUACAAAGAGGAACAGUGGCUUGGUGGGCAAACAUCAACAGCAACAAAGUAUACUUAUGGCCUCAAGUAACUCCGAUGAAGAGCUCAAAAUGGUUUUGGUUGUCAGACAAGACUUGAAGAUGGGAGCCGGAAAGAUUGCAUCUCAAUGUGCUCAUGCUGCUACUGGAAUGUAUUCAGAACUGAUGCAGAGCCAGCGGUACCUUUUGAGACAAUGGGAACUUUGUGGGCAAGCCAAGAUAGUCGUGACAUGCAAGAAUCAACAAGAAAUGAAUAAGCUAAAGGAAGCCGCUGAGAGCAUUGGCCUUCCAACUUUUGUUGUUGCUGAUGCGGGACGCACACAGGUCUCAGCCGGCUCAAAGACAGUUCUUGCCAUUGGACCUGGAAAUAAAUCGGCAGUGGAUUCAGUAACUCGGAAACUGCGCCUGCUUUGAUGCAUGAGGCUUCUUAAUAGAGUGACGAAUUCCUUGGCAGUCCUAGUUUAAUUUCCUUCACAACUCUUUCUCUUCUGCUUCUCAUGAGAGAGACUUUGUUACUUCGAAGUCCCUUGUGGAGUAUGUAAUCCUGAGUGGCAUUUCUCUGGUUGAUUCUGUCACAGUCAACAUCGAGAGUUGUCAUAGAGGAAUAUUUUUCUUCCUUUAGAACUGUUUACUAGGCAACUUGUUUUCCUUCUGUGGAUAUCUAUGCUGUAUUCUUUGUGUGAAAACAAAGAAAAAGAAAAAAGUGGAGGAGAGAAUAUAGAAGAAGUUUGAUACCCGAUACUCUAUCUUCGGACGUGGAUGAUCAUUUAAGGUCUUUGAGGACUCUUCUCGCAUUUAAUCGUCUGGUGAAGUUCUCCCCAAGAAGGACUUUUGCUGCAUAAGCAAUUUUGCAGGCUCUUAAAAUGUAUUUGAAAUUUUCAUUUGAUCUACAAUGUAAACUUCUCUGAACUCAGAUGGAAUAGUUUCUGGUCUACUGGCAUGCCAUAAAUUCUAAAAUUUCUGAUCGUUGCAUGGUUGUUUCAGCUCUUUCUUUGUAUAAACAGGCUCUUUGCAUGUGG